GCUGGGAGGAGGCUGGCAGGCUGGUGGGCUGGGCGGGCGGCGGGCGGCCGGGAGCGCGCGGCAGACUCGGCGGCGGCGAGUAGUUAGUUACUUGUUAGUCAGUGUCAGUUGCUCGGUGGAGGCGGCCGCGGUCACCAGGAAGGGGACGGGACGGCCGGCGAUGGUGGUCACCACAGUGGCAUGUGCGCCUUUCAGGUAUCUGCCUGAACUGGAACUCAUGCUGUAGACAUUUCUUUGUGGAUUCAUCUAAAAAUCUGAGGAUGAACCAAAUUCAUAUCAAAGGAUCUUAGGAAUGAGGGGGAGAGACAUAAAAAAGCAGAAAAGAAUAUUUGAGGGCCAUUUGUAAGGAAAGAAGAGGAAGCAAUGACAUAAUGCUUACAGUUGGAGCCAGUUAAACUGGUAAACAUUGCAGUCUUCAGAAAAUAAGUUAAGGAAUCCAAGGCAAGGAAGAAAGUAAAUUCAUCCUGGAAGGACUCAAAGCACUUUGAAAUUUUAAAUGAAUGUAAUGAUAGCUGCUAAAACUACCUUUGUCACCAGAAUGGAUGAAGUACUUCAAAUUUAAACGAUUGAUCAUACCUACAAGAACUGCUAUGGUACCAAGGGGAGGUGAAAACUGAUAGACGAAAGUUUUACUACCAUGCACUGAAAAGAAAGCAUUGUCUGUGAAGGUCCUUUUUUAAAAAUGUCUGCUUGUAACACCUUUACUGAACACGUUUGGAAACCUGGUGAAUGCAAGAACUGCUUUAAACCUAAAAGCUUGCACCAGCUUCCCCCAGACCCUGAGAAGGCACCCAUCACCCAUGGCAAUGUGAAAACUAAUGCCAAUCACAGUAACAACCACCGCAUGAGGAACACUGGAAAUUUCCGUCCUCCUGUGGCUAAAAAACCCACUAUAGCUGUGAAGCCCACUAUGAUGGUGGCAGAUGGGCAAAGUGUAUGUGGUGAACUUAGUAUCCAAGAACACUGUGAGAACAAACCUGUCAUCAUAGGAUGGAACCGAAACAGGACGCCCUUGAAUCAGAAACCACUUAAUAAUAAUAAUGAAGAUGACAUUGAAGGCUUUAGCCAUGUUCCUAAGCCUUAUGGCAAUAAUGAUAGUGCAAAGAAGGUAUCAAAUAACAAUAAUGGACUAACGGAUGUGUUAAAGGAGAUAGUAGGCUUGGAUGCCACCCCUCAGAUAAGAGGAAAUGAAACAAACUCCAGAGAAACAUUCUUAGGAAGAAUAAAUGAUUGCUAUAAAAGAUCACUGGAAAGAAAGCUUCCACCGAGUUGCAUGAUGGGUGGGAUCAAGGAUACUCAAGGCAAGCACGUGAUUCUGAGUGGGAGCACAGAAGUGAUCAGUAAUGAAGGGGGCCGGUUCUGUUACCCAGAGUUUUCUAGCGGCGAGGAGAGUGAAGAAGAUGAACUUUUCAGUAACAUGGAGGAGGAGCAUGAGAGCUGGGAUGAGAGCGAUGAAGAGCUGUUGGCCAUGGAGAUUCGCAUGAGAGGGCAACCCCGCUUUGCUAACUUCCGGGCAAAUACUUUGUCUCCCGUUCGAUUCUUUGUGGACAAAAAAUGGAAUACAGUCCCCUUGCGAAAUAAGUCCCUGCAGAGGAUCUGUGCUGUCGACUAUGAUGACAGCUAUGACGAAAUCUUAAACGGCUAUGAAGAAAACUCUGUGGCCUCCUAUGGACCAGGAAGCGUUCAGAGCAUGGCGUCCUCUGACUCUGCGUCACCAGGUUCUUCUUUAACAGAAGAAUCGCGUUCUGAGACAGCCAGUAGUUUAUCCCAGAAGAUCUGUAAUGGGGGAGUAUCUCCGGGUAACCCCGGAGAGUCUAAGGACAUGAAGGAAAGGGAGCCCAAUUGUGAAAGUCUCUCUGGUAAUAGUCAGGAGAAGGACUCCUCACAAGCACCUAAAAGCUCAGUAAAAGUUCCAGAAACACACAAAGCCGUCCUUGCUCUCCGACUGGAAGAGAAGGAUGGCAAGAUUGCUGUACAAACUGAGAAGCAAGAAAGUAAAGCCUCUACAGAUAUCGCUGGCCAAGCCAUAACCAUAAACCUCGUCCCCGUGGAAGAGCAAGCAAAGCCUUACCGAGUUGUCAAUCUGGAACAGCCAUUGUGCAAGCCAUAUACUAUCGUGGACGUGUCGGCAGCCAUGGCCAGUGAGCACCUCGAGGGCCCUGUUAACAGCCCCAAGACAAAAAUCUCAUCUUCUACUCCAAACUCUCCGGUGACAUCGCCUGCGCUGACAUCAGGACAAACAGGUGCCCGUUUCCAAAACUCCAGUGCAAUACGAUACCAGGAAGUAUGGACUUCCAGCACCAGCCCGCGACAAAAGAUACCCAAGGUGGAACUGGUUAGCGGUGGAACUGGGCCAAACAUCCCUCCGAGGAAAAACUGUCACAAAUCAGCACCCACUUCACCUACAACGACAAACAUUUCCUCUAAAACUAUCCCCGUUAAGUCACCCAAUCUGUCCGAAAUAAAAUUCAAUAGUUACAACAAUGCUGGUAUGCCACCUUUUCCAAUUAUCAUUCAUGAUGAGCCGACUUAUGCUCGGAGUUCCAAAAAUGCCAUCAAAGUCCCCAUUGUCAUCAAUCCAAAUGCGUAUGACAAUCUAGCCAUUUACAAAAGUUUUCUCGGAACAAGUGGAGAACUCUCGGUGAAGGAAAAAACCACCAGUAUAAUAAGCCAUACUUAUGAAGAAAUCGAAACUGACAGCAAAGUGUCCGAUAACAGCACCAGCAAACCUACUGACUGUCCCCAAGCCAAAGGGUUUUCCAACAGCACAGAGCAUAAAAGGGGCUCAGUGGCUCAAAAGGUUCAGGAGUUUAACAGCUGUCUUAACAGAGGUCAGUCUUCACCACAGAAAAGCUAUAGUUCUAGCCACAGCUCCCCAACAAAGAUCCAGAGAACCACUCAAGAACCUGGGGCCAAAACCGAAGGCCCUCAGGAGUCUCCGAUGACGUGCACCAGCAGCAGCAGCAGCAGCAGCAGCAGGGAGAAAGCGAGCACGGUGCUUUCUCAGAUUGUGGCUUCUAUCCAGCCCCCGCAGUCCCCUCCAGAAAUGCCCCAGUCCGGCCCGAAAGCAUGCAGCGUGGAAGAGCUGUACGCAGUUCCUCCAGACGCCGAUGCUAAGAGUACCCCUAAGAGUACACCAGCCCGACCCAAAUCUCUCUUCACGGCUCAGCCCGGUGCUGAAGCUGAAGCCCCGCAGAUCAUAGAAAGCCCAACGACCAAAGCACGGAAAGAUCCGCUCACAAAGCCGGUCACCAGCCCUCUCUCCAAAUUAGUGGCCAACCCCCAGAGCGAGCCACCACCUCCCUUUCCCCCACCUCGCUCUACUUCCUCCCCUUAUCAUGCAAGCAACCUUCUGCAAAGGCAUUUCACCAACUGGACCAAGCCCACCAGUCCUACCAGGUCAACAGAAGCUGAAUCGGUUUUGCACUCUGAAGGCAGCAGGCGGGCCGCUGACGCGAAACCUAAGCGCUGGAUAUCAUUUAAAAGCUUCUUCCGCCGCCGGAAAACAGAUGAGGAAGAGGAUAAAGAAAAAGACCGAGAGAAAGGAAAACUGGUGGGCCUGGAUGGCACAGUCAUCCACAUGCUGCCGCCGCCUCCCGUCCAGCGCCAUCACUGGUUCACAGAGGCCAAAGGAGAGUCCAGUGAGAAGGCAGCCAUUGUCUUCAUGUACAGGUGUGAUGCUGCCCAGAGCCAGCCCAGCGCCGAUCAGAAGGCCAGAGCAGACCAGGCAGCCGUCAGAGAGAAGGAUGGGGCAGAGGAUGGGUUACUGAAGGACUCAGAGAAGAAGAAAAGGAGUCCUUCUUCUCCAUCACAGGUUCCUAAAAAAAUUCUCAGUCACAAGACCCACGAAGUGACAGAGGACUUCUCUCCUCGGGAUCCAAGAUCCGUUGUUGCGAGGCAAGAUGACGGAGGCUGCCCUCCCAUCACAGCAGCCUUGCCCCUACCUGGACUGGAAAGGGAAGAGGAAAAGGAAGACAUUUCAGAUACUAUUGACCUGAAUCCCUGUAGUGCAACCUACAGCAACUUAGGGCAAUCUAGAGCAGCCAUGAUACCACCCAAGCAUCCACGGCAGCCUAAGGGAACUUUGGAUGAUGGCAUUGUCUUCAGUGAGAAAACAGACCAAGAAGCACCUAGCGCUUCCCAACCUAUGCCACCCCCACUGCCAAAGAAAAUGAUCAUAAGAGCCAAUACAGAGCCAAUCCCCAAAGACCUCCAAAAAUCCAUGGAAACGAGUCUUUGUGUAAUGGCUAAUCCCACCUAUGACAUUGACCCCAACUGGGAUGCCAGUAGUGCUGGCUCUUCCAUCAGUUACGAACUCAAGGGACUGGACAUUGAGUCUUAUGACUCCUUGGAAAGACCUUUGCACAAGGAGAGACCUGUCCCCUCAGCAGCAAACAGUAUCUCCAGCUUAACCACUCUCAGUAUUAAGGAUAGAUUUUCCAACAGCAUGGAGUCCCUGUCUAGCCGGCGUGGUCCCUCUUGCAGACAGGGACGAAGCAUGCAGAAGCCACAGAGACAAGCACUUUAUCGAGGACUUGAGAAUCGGGAAGAAGUUGUGGGUAAAAUCCGAAGCCUUCAUACAGAUGCCUUGAAGAAACUGGCUAUAAAAUGUGAAGACCUCUUCAUGGCUGGACAGAAAGACCAGCUCCGUUUUGGGGUGGACAGCUGGUCAGACUUCAGGCUAACCAGCGACAAGCCAUGCUGUGAGGCAGGUGAUGCAGUUUACUAUACAGCUUCAUAUGCAAAAGAUCCACUUAAUAACUAUGCAGUCAAGAUCUGUAAGAGCAAAGCGAAAGAGUCGCAGCAGUACUAUCACAGCUUGGCUGUCCGCCAGAGUCUGGCUGUCCAUUUCAACAUCCAGCAGGACUGUGGUCAUUUCCUUGCGGAAGUCCCUAAUCGUCUGCUUCCCUGGGACGAUCCCGAUGCCCCUGAAGAGGAAGAGGAUGAAAUGGAAGAAGCUGAAGAAGAGGUGAAAGGAGAAACAGAUGGGAAAAGCCCAGAGCCCUGCUCUGAAACAGAGUCAUCCCAGAAAUCAAGCCAGGGGCUCAUCAGCAGGAAGCAGAGAAGCCACGUGGUGGUCAUCACCAGAGAGGUUCCCUAUCUCACGGUGGCUGAUUUUGUGCGGGACUCUCUGGGCCAGCACGGGAAGAGCCCGGACCUGUAUGAGAGGCAAGUGUGUCUGCUGCUCUUACAGCUGUGCUCUGGCCUGGAGCACCUCAAGCCCUACCACGUCACUCACUGUGAUCUUCGUCUGGAGAACCUGCUGCUUGUCCACUACCAGCCGGGGGGCACCAGCCAGGGCCUGGGGCCCGCGGAGGCCAGCCCCACCUCAUCUUGUUCCACCAGGCUCAUAGUAAGCAACUUCUCUCAAGCCAAGCAAAAGAGCCAUCUGGUGGACCCCGAGAUCCUCCGUGACCAGUCCCGCCUCGCUCCGGAGAUCAUAACAGCCACCCAGUAUAAAAAGUGUGAUGAGUUCCAGACGGGCAUCCUCAUCUAUGAGAUGCUGCACCUGCCCAACCCGUUCGAUGAGAACCCAGAGCUGAAGGAGAAAGAAUACACUCGGGCAGACCUGCCUCGCAUCCCACUCCGCUCCCCCUAUUCCCGGGGCCUGCAGCAGCUGGCCAGCUGCCUUCUCAACCCCAACCCUUCGGAGCGGAUCCUCAUUUCAGACGCCAAAGGCAUCCUCCAGUGUCUGCUGUGGGGCCCCCGGGAAGAUCUCUUCCAGACUCUCACCCUCUCUCCCAGCCCGGCACAGAGGAGCGCCCUGCUCCAGAACUGGCUAGACAUCAAGCGGACACUGCUCAUGAUCAAGUUUGCUGAGAAGUCCCUGGACAGGGAGGGUGGGGUCAGCCUGGAGGACUGGCUCUGUGCUCAGUAUCUGGCUUUUGCCACUCCAGAUUCCCUCGGCUGUAUCGUGAAGACCCUGCAACACCGCUAGUCUGUCCUGGAUGCUACUUUUCUUUCAUUCCCACCUUCCACUCACCUGUGCGCUCCCCAUUCCCAGUGCUCCCAUGGAAUUCAAAGAAAGAAGAGAAACCAACCUUCCAUCCCUGUCCAGAAAAAAAAUGAGUGCCCUCUGAAGGCUCAUUCACGGCUCCACACCGAGUACAAAGCUCAGUCUGUCUUCGCUGUACGGUUGUGCAGUUCCCUUCCAUCGGAACACCUUUCACCCUAAUUGUCCCCAAAUGCAGGAAGAAAAUGAACAUGUCCAUCCCAGAAGGGACAGCUCUUUUGGUAUGAACUCAGUGAUCUGUGUCCAACUCCUCCAUGAUUCUGAGUAUCACCUAUCUUUUUAACACCAAGUAUUUAUUCUCACUAGCAAUAGACAGAUUUGACCGGUCCUUACCAACAUCCACUAAGCUCUCACAACAGACUUUUUUUUUUUAUGUCUUUAAAGGAUCAAUCACUGACUCUCUUACCAGGCAGAACUGCUGUCCCUAGCAUCAGGCCAGUUUUGUGCCUGGGGACUCUAUCCUUUGUUCCAGCAGAUAGUCAAAAGACAAGGAGAGAUUUCGUCCUUUGGGUCAUGGACGCAUUUUCCCUUGUCCUCGGUAAGUAGGUGAACUGCACGGAGGACGGCCCAGCUAGUCUCUCCUCUCCUACCACUGCCUGACUCUCCUUCACCUCAACUCUGUCCCUACUUGCCAGUGAAGUUCGGGUUUAUCAGCCACUUGUGUCCCCUUCCACAACUGACCCAAGGGGGUGUCACCGAUGCCUCCACAGGGUGCGUAGAGUUCGGUUCUGAUAAAGAGGUG